ACUUCUAGGAAAGUAGUUGAAAUCAAAGCAAAACAGACCAACCAAGCAUUAAAAAACUCACCUGAAUAGGAAGGAAGAGAGAGAGCUAAAGCUGAUCAAAAAUGGAGGAAGUGAAGGUAGUGGGAUUCUGGGGUAGUCCAUAUGUUUACAGGGUUAUCUGGGCUCUAAAACUUAAGGGAAUCGAGUUUGAAUAUAUCGAAGAAGAUUUAUCUAACAAGAGCAAAUUGCUUCUACAGCUUAACCCUUUACAUAAGAAAGUUCCAGUUUUCAUUCAUGGUGGAAAAUCAUUUGCAGAGUCUCUUGUUAUUCUUGAAUAUAUUGAUGAGAUGUGGCCUCAAAAUCCUCUGCUGCUACCGGAUGAUCCUAACGAAAGAGCCAUCGCCCGGUUUUGGAUGAAGUAUGUAGAUGAUCAGAGAGAGCAAUUUCUUAGGUUUUGGAAGACAACAGGAGAAGAGCAAGAAAAAGCUACCAGAGACGUCCGAAAUGUUCUAAGAAUCUUGGAAGAGAAUGGCCUUGGUGACAAGAAGUUUUUCGGGGGCAACGACAUAGGAAUGGCUGACUUAGCCUUUGGGUUGAUAGCUUUAUGGAUUGAAGUACUGGAAGAGGCAGCAGGUGUUAAAAUACUUGAACACAACAGCUUACCUCGGUUAAUGGCUUGGAUUGAAAACUUCAACAAUGUUGAUGUCAUCAAAGAAAAUCACCCUGAUCGUCCUCAGUUGUUAGAGUAUCUCAAAGGCCUUAGAGAGAAGUAUCUUUCACAGCCUACAUCAUAAACAAUUAUAAUGAUCACAAUGUAUUGUUAGUGUUAUCUUUAUGUAUUUCUACUUGAUCUUAUGUUUUAUUAUAUAAUAAUAAUAACAGAUUUUCGCCUGCUUCA